AUGGCUGCAGAAUUUUAAAUUAUAGUUGACAAAGCUAUUUAAAAAUAUCAACCAUAAAUAGAUUCUCUAUUAAAUAAAUAAUAAUAAUGUCAAGCUUAAGUAGAGAAUCUAUAUAAAAAUGAUGAAAAAAUAAAAAGUACUUUAUUAAUUGAAUGCAAUAAGGAUGUUUAGAAUUUUCAAAAGUACUUAUAAUAUUAUAGAAAAUAAUAAAUUAAUUCAAUGACAGAAAUUUGUUAUCAAGAAUUAGAAAAAUUUAAUGAUAUAAAUUCUUUAGAAUAUUAAUAGGCCAAAAGAAACUGUUUAAGAGCUUAGUUACAGAAUAUCAUUGUUUUUGAGUAGAAUAUUUAGCAAAAAUUAAAUGGAUUAUAAAUAUGA